AUGUGGAGGAUCCUAAUCUAUCUUGUGACUACUAAUCUAGCACUUAGCCACGGUUUUCCUAAUCUAACCGAGAAUACAUCGGAAAUUUCCCCAGUGGAAAAUGAAAAUGAAGAACAAGUAACUUACACCUUCAAAUGCACUACACCGGGUUCAUUUGCUCAUCCUCACAAUUGCCGAUUGUAUUACGAGUGUACUUUAAGUCCACUUAACAAAUAUCAUCGUCGCCUUCGUCGAUGCAAACUCGGACUUGUUUAUUCGACAAUUUAUGGACAAUGUACUUUACCUGCGGAAUGUGGAAGAGCAGAAUGCGGUGAUGCAAAAGCUACAUCUACGACAAAGGAACCAAAAAGGACCCCUAAACCUAAGCGGACUCCAAGAACAAAGCCUACGACUAUACCAACGCCGAAAACAAAGCCUACUACAGUUAAAGUUAAAACUAGAAAAACGGCACGACCAACUAGUACAACUACUGUUGCACCGACAACAUCGGAAGAUGAUACGGAUAUUAGUACUACCAAUCCACCUGGACCAACAGUGCCAACGGUAGUGGAAUGUAUCGAACAAGGUUUUGUAGAACACCCUUCGGAUUGUACGAAAUAUUAUAUGUGUAUGGCAAGAGUCAACAGUACGUUUCGAGUAUUUGAAAUGAUAUGCGAAGGAGGGACAGUAUGGGAUCGAAGAGCGGAAGCUUGCAAACAUCCUUUCAGAGUACGAAACCCUCGUUGUAGCCCAUUUACUACAGGAAAAUCAAUUACAAGUAUUACUACACCAACAACGAAUAGAGAAACUAGAACAAACGAUGCUUCAACUGAAGAUUCAUCUAUAGAACCAUCUACAGAGCCAACUGAUCAACGAACAACAGAAUCACUAGAAAGUAAAACAUCAACAAACGAUAAAGAAACUUCGCAGUUGACAACACAUAAUCAAGAACUAAAAACUAUCAAGCCGUCAACAGAAGAGACUGAAACACAAACUUCGUUUACAUCAACAACACAGCCUCAGACAGAAUCACAGGGAACUACAGUCUCUGAAACAGUAACUCUAACUGAAUGGCCAUCAAGUAAAAUUGCCGAAGAAGAAACUGCAAUCCCAACUGCAACGGAGCAAGUAACAGAAACCGAAUCUGAAUCAUCGACACAGAGACCGACAGAAUCACCAGAGAGAUCUAGUUCUGUUUCUGCAACUGAUUCUGAAAGGUCAUCGAGCCCAAGUACUGAAAGAGAAACAGCAACAGAGCGAGUAACAGAAAAUGUAUCAUCAUUAUUGACGCAGACUACAACGAUACCACUAGAAACAUCUAGUUCCGUUUCUGUAACCGACUCUGAAAGGUCAUCGAGCACAAGUACUGAACGAGAACCUGCAACGGAAGGAGUGACAGGAACUGCAUCUCCAUCAUCGACACAGAGACCGACAGAAUCACCAGAAAGAUCUAGUUCUGUUUCUGUAACUGAUUCUGAAAGGUCAUCAAGCCCAAGUACAGAAGGAGAAACUGCUACCGAACACAUAACAGAAACUGGAUCUUCUUUAUCGACAAUAUCUCCAUCUUCCAAAGAAUUUUCUACAACUAGUGGUUUUGUUUCCUCUUCUUUAGAACCUGAACUGGAUUAUACUUCUACAACUAAUCUUCCUAUUUCUUCAGACUCUCCUUCUAAUAACUCUCAGUGUACAUCUCCUGGAUUCUUUCCAAAUCCAGAUGAUUGCUCUAAAUUCUACAGAUGUGUUCGUAUUGGUUUGCUGAAUUUAUUUACUAGGUUUGAUUUUGUGUGUCCUGACGGACGAGUUUGGGAUCAAGAUUUAUUUAUGUGCAAUUUUCCAUGGGCUGUUGCACAUUCUAAUUGUAAGAAUAAAGAACUUCCUACGCCAGAUAUUGAUGAGGAUCCUGAUCCUCCAAAAGACAAUAACAUAUGUCCAAUUGGAAAAUUGACUGGUGAUCAAAUUGCGCUUGUUUGUCCUUCUGGAUUCCGAAAGCAUCCUAAAUAUUGUAAUGUCUUUUAUCAGUGUACAUCUGAAAGUAAUUUGGACGUCAAUAUUGCCUUGUUUGCUUGUCCUGAUGGUAUGAUUUACAACGCAGAAAAAAUUCAGUGUGUUCUUGCGAACGUAUUUAAUUACUUAUUCUUAGGCUGUAAAGACAUUCUCGUUAAUCCGACGGAUAACUUAGUUCCCAUUUUGAGCGUUCCGUCUACUCCACUAUGUCCAUACCCCGGAGCAUUCCCGUAUCAUCCAGGUUGCUCAAAUGCAUUCUUUAAAUGCAGACGCGAUCGAAAGGGCUCAUUACGAGGUUAUCUCUAUAAAUGUCCUUCUGAUAACGUUUUUUCUCCAUUUUCAAGAAAGUGCGAACCUGCAAAAUAUUUCCCUCAAUGUUUAAAAGUUAGGGCGAAUUAUCGCAUGGAAUCUUCCUCUAGUAUGCAUAUGACUCACCAUAAUAUCUUCUAUUUUGGAAAACAGCUACCUUAAAAUCCUAUAUAAACUUAGAACGCAUUUACAUUUACUACUAUCAUUACCAAUAUCUAUCUUCUAUUGUGUAAAGUAAAGCAAUAAUUAUU